AUGCCUGCCCAGGACAUGCCACUAAUUUCUGACAUGCUGCUGGUUGAGGCACUUGCUCAAGCCAGUAACUUCUCUGCACCAGGCCCAGAUCAUGUUGACUGGUUCUGGCUGAAGCACAUCUUAGAUGAUGACAAUGAAAUUGUCAAUGAUGAUGGGAAUAUAGCUUGCCUUGCUUUGGGCACCUAG